UCAAUCGUUGGAUUAUGCCAUGCUGCAAAAACUAUGUUUUCAAGAACUUAAUUAUUCAUCAUUUGCCCAAACUCAACCGUUCCCGAAAGGCAACAGUUUUUCCAGAUUUAUUGUUAAGAAUGGUCAGUCUUGUGAAGACAUGGUGGUGUAUUGUUUAUAUGGAAACACAAAAAUGGUUUGUUCCGACUUAUUUCGGGAAGUUCUUUUAGAUGAGGGUUUAUGUUGUUCCUUUAAUAUGGUUCAUCCAUUUAUGCUGUAUAAGGGAGAAUAUUAUAUGAUACGAGAUUAUACUACGUUCAAUGGUCAAACGAUACCUUUAGAUUGGAGUCCCGAGAAUGGAUAUCCCAAAGAAUUGCCUAAUAGUUAUUAUCCUCGAGCAACAUUAGGCGAUGGUAUGUCUAAUGGUUUGACAAUAAUUCUCAAUGGUGACAUAGAUAAUUACUAUUGUUCUUCCACAAAUGGACCAGGAUUUAAGGUCUCUUUUCACAAUCCCAUUGAUAUGCCAAAUGUUAAGGAAACCGGAUUUUCCAUUGCUCUGGGCUUUCAGACCAGUUUUCGUGUAACAUCUUUAAAAGAAGAAGCCGAUGAGGUUCUUCGUACAUCAGCUAAGCCCAAGGAGCGCCAAUGUUACUACAGUGAUGAGUAUCCCCUGCAUUAUUUUCGCUAUUACACCCGUCGCAAUUGUGAAAUGGAAUGUGAUUCCUUCUAUAUGCUGGAGGAAUGUAAUUGUAUUCCAUAUCAUAUGCCUAAAUUAGGUCAAAACAUUACCGAAUGUAAUGUUCACCAUUUUAAUUGUGUAGUGGAAGCUGAAAAAGAUUUCAUGGAUCCUAAGCGUUUAAAAUGUAAACGAAAUUGUCUGGCCAGUUGUAAUGAUCUUUCCUAUUUUCCAAAAGCUUUCUUUACACCUAUGGAUAAUGAAGGUUUCGAAAUCAGAAGUCCAUUUUUUCGUAAUAUGUCUAAGGAAAGUCUUAAUAAUAAUUUUGCAACGUUGAAAAUCUUUUUUCCACAAAAUUACUAUCGCGGCAAUUUAAAGACUCCAUAUAUGAGUUUAACCGAAUUUUUAUCACAAACUGGUGGUAUAAUGGGUCUUAUGAUGGGCUUUAGUAUCAUAUCGGUGGUGGAGAUGCUAUAUUUCUUUCUUAUUAAACCAAUUAUUUAUGUUUGGAGGAAAUUUUUCAAUAAAAAUGUCGUAGAUGUGAUAGAGAUAAAACCAGUGGAUGACAUUGAAUAUGAAAUGCAUGAAUAUAGAAGCACCAAUUCCAAACAUCGUUAUCCCGUUGUAGCACCGAAUAUUUUAUCUGGAACAAAAUUGCCACCUUAUACACAACAUUUUGAACAUCUAAAUUAUGUGCAUUGAAUUUAAAUUAAUUUAUAUGUUUAAAAGAUUUUAAACUUAAUUAAAAUAUUAAGUAAAAUAGUAGAAGAUUAUAAAUAUUAAAAAAAUGUUUCAAAAUUUGACAACUAGAACAAGGAAUAAAGUCAGAAAAUAUCGGGAAAUAAGAGUGGAAUUAUUACAAAUCAUUAGAAAACAAUACAAUUUGCGGUUGUAUUAUAAAUGCAUCUAGAUCUGUUAGGUUCAGAUUCAGAUCGCGAAACUUUCAACAAAAACUUCUUCUAUUAAAAAGUGGGGGAAAGUUUGCAUAAUUCAUAUCUAUAUAUCUAAAAAAAUACACUAAAUACUCUUUACUAUGUGCCAACUAUCUGGCAACUUUGUCACGUUUAUAUCUCUAAUUGCCCCAUCCACUUUUUGUUUGGCCUCUGGCAGCAUUACACAACAUCAAGCAACCUGUUGGAUACGUCAGUAGAGUAUCUUUUUCUCUCCCCAAAACAUUUUAAUUCAGUCGUGUUUCUAUACUUGUUGACGAAACAACUACAAUUUAGCGGUCGGUUUAUUAACGUGACUAAAAAUCUAUAAAAAAAAGUAUAAUCUUUACUUAACAAUAAAGUGUGCUUUUGUGUUUUAAUUAAAGUCAAUUAAUCUUUUACUAAAAUAAAUUUUACCUAAAGAAAAAUAAAUAAAAGAAAUUAAAUAUCUUUUCUAGUGUUUUUUUUUAUUUUGUGCAAUUUAAUUGUAAGAAAAUAAUCUCUAAUCCAAGUGAAUAAAUAGUGCGUAUAAAUUGUUACAAGUAAAAAGAGAUUAAAAUCAAGUGGGUGUUAAAAUCUUACGUACAUACACAUACAUACGUCAUACAGACAUAAAACUUUGAUUAAUAUCAAAACACUUUCACCACCCAGUAUUUUUCGAAGGUAUAUCGCAAGUCUAUUGUUAAAUAAUUACCCAGUAAAUUCUACACAAAAAGUGUGAAAAUUUUUAAAGUGAACGAGAAGAAAAAUAGAGAAAUAAAAUUUUUGUUUAGAAAAGCAUAAAAAUAAAUUUUUCCAUAAAGAAAAAAAAAAAAAAAAA